UUGGUUCUUGUGCGUUAACAGUAGUCUUUCUUUAGAUUAGGCGAUUUGGGCGAUAGAAGCAAAGCAAAGAUCAAAGCAAGAGGGAAGUUAUGUCGGGAGGAAUAGCACGUGGUCGACUCACAGAGGAACGAAAAGCGUGGCGUAAGAACCAUCCUCAUGCUUUUGUUGCCAAGCCGGAGACUUGUUCAGAUGGAACAAAUAACCUAAUGAUCUGGCAGUGCAUCAUCCCUGGCAAAUCUGGGACUGAUUGGGAAGGUGGGUUUUAUCCACUGACACUCAAUUUCUCGGAGGACUACCCAAGCAAACCUCCAAAGUGCAAGUUUCCUCAAGGCUUCUUUCAUCCUAAUGUCUAUCCUUCUGGAACUGUUUGCCUCUCUAUUCUCAAUGAAGAUUAUGGAUGGAGACCAGCCAUCACUGUGAAGCAAAUCUUGGUUGGUAUUCAGGACUUGCUCGAUGAACCAAACCCAAAUGACCCUGCACAGACUGAAGGAUACCAGCUCUUUGUCCAGGAUAAGAAUGAAUACAAGAGAAGGGUGAAACAACAGGCUAAACAGUACCCACCAACUAUUUGAUAUCUUGCCUUGUCUCAAGUCCAAGUCUUGGAUAAAUUUGUUUCUCUGAAUGAUUCUCUCUCUCUCUCUCUCUCUCUACUUUCCAAGAGCUAUUGAGAGAACAUUUUCAGUAAUAAGAACAUUACAUUUUCAUGAAGACAGAUCAAUGGUUGUUGCUUACGCAGUCUACCAAUAGUCAUGAUUAGUUUCACAUUUUCUGUAAUAAGAAAAUUACAGUUUUGUAUAUACUGAUCGAUGAUGGUUAUUGCUUA